AUGCUGGGACGCUGUCUCUUGUCUGCCGCACUCGUCGUGGCCCAGGCCUUGAUGGUCCGCGCCGCGCCGCCGAUGCCGCACGACCCCCGCGCCGCGCCCAUCGUCCCCAGCCAAGAUCCCUUCUACGCCGUCCCCGACAACGUCGGCUCCUCCCCGCCCGGCACCAUCCUCCGCCACCGCGCGCCGCCGUCCGAGAUUGCGGCCUUUGGCCUCGCGCCGGUGCGUCUGGCGGCGACGCACCAGCUGCAGUACCGCACCAAUGACAACCUGGGCAACGCGACGGCGACGGUGCUGACGGUGCUGGUGCCGCACCACGCCGACAUGCGCAAGGUGCUCUCGUACCAGGUCGCCGAGGACGCGGCGGCGAUUGACUGCGCGCCGUCGUACGGCCUGCAGCUCGAGUCAGCGACGGGCCCGCUGCUCGGCACCGUCCUCACGCAGGCCGAGAUGCUGCUCAUCGAGGCCGCGCUGGAGCAGGGCUGGGUGGUUGUCGUCCCGGACUUUGAGGGCCCCAGGGCGUCGUACCUGGCGCAUCGGCUCGCCGGCCAGGCGACGCUCGAUGGCAUCCGCGCGGCGCUGCGCUCGGGGGACAUCACGGGCAUUGAGAGCGACGCUACAGUCUCCAUGUGGGGAUAUUCAGGCGGGAGCAUGGCCACGGCGUGGGCGGCGGAGAUUCAGCCGACGUAUGCGCCGGAGCUCAGGAUUGCGGGCGCGGCGAUUGGCGGCACGACGCCCAACAUCACCAACGUCGUCACGACGAUCAACAAGAGCGCCUUUACGGGGCUCAUCGCCACCGGCAUCAUGGGCCUGAGCACGCAGUUCCCCGCGCUCAAGGCCGAGGUCGACCGACUGCUCAAGCCCGCGUACCGGGACAAGUUCGAGCAGGUGUACCACCAGUGUCUGUUGGCCAACGCCGCGAGCUUCCUCUUCAGCGACGUGGUGGACAUGUUUACCGACACGCGCUUCGUGUACGACAACCCCGUUGCCGUGGAGGUCCUGGACGAGGUGUCGCUCGGGCACGCGGUGCCGCAGAUUCCCAUCUACUGGUACAAGUCGGUGCACGACGAGGUGAGCCCCGUGGAGGACUCGGAUGAUUUGUAUGACAAGUACUGCGCGGAAGGCAGCGGUGCCACGGUCGAGUACGUCCGCGACGAGGCGUCGGAGCACGGGAGCAUGGCGGUCACGGGCGCGCCGCGCGCGAUUGCCUGGCUGGAAAAGGUCAUGAGCGGGAGGCAGCCUAGGCCGGGCUGCUCGCGGGAGACGGUGCUUUCGUCGCUGUGGGACAUUUCGACGAUUGAGGUCGUGCCGGGAUUCAUUCUGGACGCGCUCCUGGACUUGAUUGGGAAGCCAGUUGGACCGAUCCUGUUUGGGUAA